UUCAACCUUUUUAUAUUUUAUACAGCGCAUGUCGACAUUAGGGUGAGCUGGAGCCUGUCUGAGCUGACUGGAGAAAACAAGUUGGUAUGUUUGUCCUUUUGCCAGCAGCCUGAUUAUUGUCGCAUGUGGAAUACAGACAAAAACAUUUGUUGCCGUUGGGGCGGAUAAGUGAUGCGCAAACACAUUCGCCUCGACCUCUCUGGUGCGCCUGUGACGUCACGUACAAGUGUCAAUCAAGCACUUAAAAGCGAGGUAGCGGGCGGUGAAGCAUCCCGCAGCAAACGAAAGCUCAGCAUUGAUCAGCAGCAAUGGCUCGCUCCUCCGUGCUCCCCCUGUGCGUCCUGGGACUCCUCGCCUUCUCCACCGCGCUCUCCUCCGCCUGCUACAUCCAGAACUGCCCCCGGGGAGGCAAGCGUGCCUUGGCCGAGACUGCACUCCGACAGUGCAUGUCAUGCGGCCCAGGGGAAAGAGGCCGCUGCUACGGCCCCAACAUCUGCUGCAUAGACAACUUUGGCUGCCUUCUGGGCUCCCCGGAAACGACUCACUGCGUGGAGGAGAACUACCUGCUUACCCCCUGCCAAGCUGGUGGGCGACCCUGCGGACUUGAGGGGGGCCACUGCGCCGCUUCGGGAUUCUGCUGUAACUCUGAGAGCUGUGCUGUGGACUCCUCCUGCCUGGGGGAGGUUGAGUUGGAGAAUCCUGCCCAAACUUCUGCAGGGAGCUCACCUGCAGAGUUGCUCAUGCGCCUUCUCCAUGUAGCUACCAGGGGACAGACUGAGUACUAAAACGCUGUCGUCACUCUUACUCACUUAAAUGCCUUUGAGACUCCCAACCUGAAACAUACACUCACUUAAGUCGGUGUUUAUUUAAGCCAAGUGCACAUAUUUUACAUUUGAAAAACUUCAAGAAAAGAAAGAAAAAGAGAUGAAAUAUUGAAGAUCUUGCCUCAAUUUCCGCCAUCUAGUGGAAGAGCACAGAAUUGCUCUGCUUGUCACUAUAAGCCACAGGCAAAAAGAGAUAAUCAUUAUUUGGAGUAAAUAAAUCAUUUUGAGCCUAAAUAAGUGAAAGCGGAUAGGGGGUGUUUGGGGAUCAAUGACUCCAGUCACAACCACUUCUAUUUAAUGUAACGCAAAUAGUGUUAUGACGCCUUGUACUCUGCCCUUCCAUCACUCUUUGAAAUAAUAAAUAAAUUAUGUGCAUUUGAGAUUUGCUACUGUGUUCAUUAAUGUACAAAACGAUGCGCAUAUUGUAAAUUAAUUUUACUCCCAGUGCACCCCAGUCUUCUGAUCAUGCAUAGUAGCCAACCAAAAAUGCAAUUAAAUAAGAUGCCAUAGUAAGUUAAACAACAAUGCUUGACCAAGUAGGUGUAUGUGACUUUUGAGUGAAAAUGGAAUAAAACAAUAUAGAGUAUGUUA